AUGUCAACUACGGUACAACCCUCGGCUAAACGAUGGAUGGGUCCUUUAAGAUAUUCAAGCAAGAAGCAUCGAAUCACUGCAUUAGACAUGAGAUCUUCCCAUCACAAUGAAGUAGGAAAGACUCGUUCAGUCAAGCGGCUUUUGGACAGAGGUCUACAUGUUGAAAAACUUUUAGUUGAAUCCAUGAAUAAGUUGACUGAAAUUCAGGAGAAACACAAUUUCACAAUUGAGUACUUGACGGAACAGUGGCUCCGUCAGAGGCAAUGUCAGCUGGAAGCGAUGGAGACAGAAUCAGAACGCGAAAUGAUUAAACUUGUAGGAGAUCUGGUUAAUUUGGAAGAUGAAUUACAAGAUGCACAGGAUGAGAUUGAGUUACUCCGGGCCAAGCGUAGACGAACAAGAACCCAGGAAGAACAAGAGAGACUGGAACUGCUUCCCAACACUGUUACAUCAUUAGAAGAACAGAUAGAAAUAUUGGUGGAUGAACUCGGUUCAGAAGCCUUUCGGAAUCUGCCUGGUGCCUCAGAUGCUCAGAGUAAAGCAUUGAUCAGACUGAAAAUAAGCAAGUCUAAGCUUUACGAGGCCAAAGUUGGAGUUUGUGAAGUUCAGAGGAGAUGGGAUCAAAGGGGAUCAGGAACACGAAUGCAAGCAAGGUUCAAAAAACUGAUGAGCUCCAAGAUGAAGCAUCUGAAGAGCAAGUGGACCUCGUACAACCAAAAAGCCUUGAAUUACAAUGAAAACCAUAGCACCAACAUCUCGGUGGCCACACCCGUUUUUGAAGACGUCAGAUCAAUGGGCUUGGAUGAUCCAUUCUGGAAUAUGGGGUCCUUAUCACACCCAAACGAACCGUGGGCCAUCAAUUCAACCAUAAAGGAAGGAAUUGAAGCCAUUCUGAUGUCUACACACUGCAACGACGAGCUGCACAGGAUUUCCCGAGAGGCUAGGCAGGCGAUCAAGUGGGCUGUUGAAAAAUUUAAAUGUUUGGAUAUAAUCUCAAAACUGUUGCACAGAGACCAGCAAACAAAUAUUGAGAACCCUCAUGGUCAAGACCUCUUAAUCAAUAUCUGCACCAAGAACAACUUUCCCAGAGAAGUCCUAGAAUCAGUGUACUGCUGUCAGACACUGAGGCUGUAG